UUUUUUUUUCCAACUCUCCUUAUGCAGGGUUACAGAACAGUCUGAUGAAAAUAAAAUGUCAGCUAGCAACCUUGGCAUAAUAUUUGGUCCAACUCUGAUCAGGCCACGCCAAACAGAUGCUACAGUUUCUUUAUCAUCACUUGUGGAUUAUCCAUAUCAGGCCCGGGUAGUGGAGCUGCUCAUAACAUAUUAUGAGAAGAUAUUUGAUGUUUCAUUGCAACCAUUUCUGAGCACAUCACAGACUGAAGAAAAUGCCAUUACAGUCAGAGUUGCUUUAUCAGCAGAAGAGAGGGAACCACAGCAACAGAGGAAGUCAUUUGUUGCUGUAAAGGAAGGUGUUCUAAUAGCUCCAGGUGAAAACAGAGCUUCAGAAACAACUGCAUUACUUUUGGAAUCAAACAAUAGCAAGAAUGCAAAAGAACAAGUAGAUACAUCUGUAACUGAACAUGUGUCAGUGCAACUUGGUGGAGCUAAAUCAGAGGGCUGUGGAAAGAGUAAUUCUCUACUAGAAUCAUCAGCAUCCAACACUUUGGACAUUCGUAUUUCUGCUCGAAAAGAGCCAGGUAAUGCUGUGAAUCCAGCCUCAGAAAAAGACAGCCAUUCUUUUGUUUCUGCAGGUGAAGAGAGCUAUAAAGUUAACUUAUUUCCUGCAAAACCUAAUCGUCAAAUUACCAAAGUUCCAUUGCGGGUUCCAAGGACAAAACCAGUUAUUCGCCCCGUGAGCUUACCUGUAGACCGAAUACUUCCUCCUUGUGUUUUGAAUGAGAGAAAUUCACAAAACGCAGGAGCUGAAAGUCCAGAAAAGCUCGGCAGAAGCCCUACUAUUGAAGAAGUUUCGGAGGUUAAGGCACUCCCUGCUGUCAGUACAUUCUGCAGACUUUCUUGUUGUGACACUCAGAUGCUGCAAAAAACCUGGGACAAGCAAUAUAAACAGUAUGAUAUCACAGCAAGGACAGCAAUGAUUGUGACAAAUGUGCCCCAGGAAAACCGAGCACUUGAGAGUGGAACUGCAGGUGCCUUAUCUUCAUCGUGUAGUAACAAUUCAGCUAAUGCCAUUCUUCCUAGUAAGCCAUAUUCUCUUUCUGUCAGGUCAGGAAGGACAGCAACAGAUGCGAACAGUUCAGAUGCCCAUCCUCUUGCUGCCUUCAGGGCACCAAGAACACUGCAACCACCGCCAGGGACAUUUUAUAAACCUCCUUCUAACAAAUCCAAACAAAGUGAAAAGAGUUCAGCAGAACAAGCUAAAGUUUGUGCAUCAACCAGUGCCAGUUCUGUGCUUCAGCAGGAUACUGUGAAACUGGCUAGGAGCUCUGCGCUUUCAUCAGGCAAUCCUGGACAAAGCACAAAUGAACAAAAAACUGGCUCAGAGGAUACUCACUCUGCAGAUCUAAAGCCUGCUUACCAGAGACUAAGGCCAAAAAGAAUCCAAGAGCUAGAACACAGGGAAGCUCACUUUGUAUAGGGUGCAAAUUCCUCUUGGACUGAAUGCAAUGUGUUGACCUUGCCAGGGAAAGCUUCACUUUGACCCUUUAUCCUUUGCUUUCCCUUGAGAAUCCUACUUUUGUGCCAUAUGGGAGUUAUUUUUUAUAUAUGCUGCCUUUUAAAAGUGGAGGGGAGGGGGUGUGGAAUUGUGAUGGUAAUGAGUCAAUUUUUUUCUUGUAAUUCAGUGGAUUUUCAUAAAGAUUUAUAGCAUCCCCAGUCUAGAUACAGCAAAUGGAUUCAUUGAGUAAGAUAGAUAGAGCUUCAUUUCAUUGUAUGGAAUGAAGUGCUUAACUAUAGAGGAAUGACUAUCACAUGUAGCAGUGAAAUGACCUACUUUUCAUAAUAGAUGUUAUAUUAAUAAAAUUGAAGGCCUGGUAUUCAGUGUCUAAGCAUAAACCAAAGCUUGUGCUUUACUCUAUAAAAGCAUUUGUUCAGUUUUCUAAUCUGUGCAAUUAAGGCUUUGUCCCUGAACAGAUUUACAUGCUGGCCAGCAUGGCCCAUUAUUAUGUAUCAUAUGUGUAUAUUUAGGCAGACGUGGUUAUCUGUUGCCGGUUCUCUAUGUUGUCACUUUAGUAUUUUUUUUGUUGUACAGCAAGGAUGCACUUACUGAGCUUCGCCAUUCAGAAGCAGCAACUGAGCCACAUCUGGUUUCUUGUGUAGCUUAGUGAGUGGGACAAACGUGCACAGUCCUUUUGCAUGGGUGCCCUUGUGGGGAGACUCAGCAGUGCGAAAAACAGCGGAAUGGAACGGCGGUGGUUUGCUUGCUAUAGAUCAGUUUCACUUAACCUGGUGCAACUGAAAUGAAGAGCAUGGCUUCCAAGUUUCAGCAAAAGACCUGAAAAUAACCAAAAACCUACAGCAGUAGGUGCAUUUAAUGGUUUCCACUUUGUAUGAAAUGGUUUUUACGUGUACACUGUUGUAUUUGCUUUGAAAUAUAUUAACUUGUUAACA